AUGGCUAUGGGAGUAGCUGACUUGGGCCAGAGGUUCGGUACUCUGCAUGUCACACAAGUGCCAAUCAAUACCACUGGUCUGAUCAAAGAGCUGUCGGUCUCAGUCGUCAUCGGAUUCCACAAGUCAGGUUUCAUGGAAGAAGGGUCGGCGGAAACCUCAAUCCCCGACUUAUCAUGGACGCCACGUGCUGAUAACUGA